CAUUUCACACCAGGGAAGAAACGUUUGAGGAGUUCUUGCUUCAACAGUGUUUGAACGGAACUUCUUGCUUCGUCCCAGUUUUUUUUUGGUCUCUCACCUACUGCUAAAUUCCGGACACGAAGAAAACCUCCUUUACUUGAACACUACUGAAAAAGUCGACGUAAAGCUCUAUUUUUGUACCGUUUUUGUUAAGAAAAAAGCACAACAAACGCCAGCCAAAAUGGACUCCCAAGUGCGUCAGAACUACCACCGCGACUGCGAGGCCGCCAUCAACCGGAUGGUCAACAUGGAGAUGUUUGCCUCUUACACCUACACUUCUAUGGCCUUCUACUUCUCCCGUGACGAUGUGGCCCUCCCAGGCUUCUCCCACUUCUUCAAGGAGAACAGCCACGAGGAGAGGGAGCACGCCGAGAAGCUGCUGUCCUUCCAGAACAAGAGAGGAGGACGCAUCUUCCUCCAGGACAUCAAGAAACCGGAGCGUGAUGAGUGGGGCAGUGGACUGGAGGCCAUGCAGUGCGCCCUGCAGCUGGAGAAGAACGUGAACCAGGCUCUGCUGGACCUGCACAAGCUGGCUUCUGAGCACGCAGACCCUCAUCUGUGCGACUUCCUGGAGAGCCAUUACCUGGACGAGCAGGUGGAGGCCAUCAAGAAGCUGGGUGACUACAUCUCCAACCUCACCCGCAUGGACGCCCACAACAACAAGAUGGCAGAGUACCUGUUUGACAAGCACUCUGGGGGGCAAGAGCUAAACGCAAACAGCGAGGAGUGAACCUGCAUUGAAAGUCUUAACAAGCAGGGUUUAAAAUAAACAUCUUUCUGCUCUAGAUGUUCAUUCACAGAGCAUGAUUUCAUGUCUAAUUUGCUUUUUGGUGGUGUUUUGUAUUCGUGUCAUAUGGAAAGAUGGAUGCUUAUUAGAUUGUGGUGUUGACCAUCAGUCUAGUCUUGUGGCAUUUUGUGAGUGUCUGAUCUGUUAAUCUGAAUAAACCUUUUGAGCUGG